UUAUAUACAAAUCUAACAAUGAUUUAUUGAGUUUGCAUUACAGUAUGGUCUUGUUUUAUGUAGGGGUUGUUUAUCAUCAAGUACUAUAUGAAAUUCCACAUAAAUUUGUUUUACUGUAAAUAGUCCUAGAUACUUACAACUUACACCACCAUUUAUAAUAAACAAAAAUUUUUAAAUGUGUUUAAAAUGUUUUACUUUUGUUUUUACUAUAUAUACCAAAUUUAAUAAUAAUUAUAAUAAUAAACUUAUGCAUUAAUAGUGGAAUUACCCUGUGCAUCCACUGAGUUGGCCCAACAUUUGCCAUCCAUGAAAACAUGAAUCCACAUAUAAUAAUCUCACAUAAAACAAGACUAUAUAAUUAAUUAUGUAACUAGUAAAUUUUAGGACAGAGAUUUUACUAAUUUAGGUUUAGCUAUUUGAAACUAUAUCUAUUGGCCAUUGUUUACAAAAAGUUUUGAAAUGUUUAAUAUUUUUAUACAUAUAUUAACAUAAUUUACUCAUAAAACUAAAUUUAAAUAUUUUUAAAUUCCAGGCACUUCUUCAUGUAAUAAACUGUAUUAAUAAUGAAAGCUUUGAAGAGAAAGUAUCUCAUCUGAUAACGUUAUGGAAGUGUUUAGCCAAAUUUUCCAAUUAUUUACAAGAAAUUUCAGAACUGUAUCAGUUUGUCCUAAAGGAAAGUUCCUUAGUAAUCCUUUCAAGUCAGUGGUCCAAAAUAAAUAUAUCUAUGAAAAGAACAAUGGCAAAAAUGUUAAUUUAUGGCAGCCAUAUUCUAGGUCCUCGUAUCAAAGGAAGUGCACGCACGUGUGCUGCUUUAAUAAUGGCUAUUUAUGAUCCUUGGAAUGAACCAAUAUUAAAGAAAGCACUUUCUGACGAUAAUUUUCUUGAGGAGUUAGCUUUUUUUGAAUUUUUGGCAUCUGAACCAGAUGAAUUAUUAGAUGCUAGGAUUGAAUUAAUGAUCAAAGAAACAAAUGAAGAAACAGCUUUAGGAUUUUGCCAAAGGUGUUUGAAAUAUCUUGAAAGAAUAUCAACUAAUGAUACAAUUCAAAGUGUAUUUUACCCCCUUAAAGGAUGUGAAAUUUCAGAAAUCAUUGCAGAAUUGAAAAGAUUUUUCUUAAUAUGGUUAAUACUUCUGCUUCAUAGAAAAGAACAGUUGUAUAAUAUUGUAAAAGAAGUUUCUAACUAUAAUUGCCAUGAAGGAAUACAAUUAAUUCAUAUCAUGAAAUCUAAAAAUGUAUUAAAUUCAACUUCUGCAACAGAAAUUUUAAUUAAUCUAUUUUUAGUUCGUGAUUUGUUAUAUCCUUCUAACUACUGUUGUACAAAAGAAUUAAUGAAUUUAUGGUGUGAAGUGCAAAUUCAACAAGAGCGAACACUGGGAGAAAUCAAAGAGGCUUCUUAUAAAUUGUUAGUGCAUCAUGCAUCAACCAGUGCUCAUUUUUAUUUAUUUAUAGAUUGUUUAUGGGAAAAGUUUGGACUGAGAUUCCUUUCAUUAUAUUUGGAGAUGUAUAUACAUGGUUUAACUGCUGAUUUGAAUCAUCUGGAGGCAGCUAGACAAGCUGAUGAUCGCAAUGCUGUAUUAGAAAUGGAAAGUCAUAUGGCAACUAUAUUUACUAAACUUGCUUCACUAUUUAUAAAUCAUGAAACAAUUGCACAUGAAUGUAUAUUAAGUGCAUUUUCACUUGAACCAACACAAGAAAGACUUGAACUUUUACAUAAACUGUCCCAGAGUUCUAAUAAACAAACUGAAAAUAAUGUAAAGAGAAAAACUGAAUGUAUUUGUGAAGAAAUAUGUACAACACCAAACAAAGAAAUUGAUGCAAGUGAAUGCUUAUCACAGUAUCAGUAUCAUCAUUCAAUUCUUGAUACUGAAAUAGCAGGCAUUAAAGUGGAUCAAUUAAAAGAUUUUGUUACAGUUUUAGAAAAUGUGAGAAUACAUUAUUUGAAAUUCUCACAUUCAUGGGAUGAAAUGAAACAAAUAUGUAAAGAUUAUUUAGAAACUGCAUCAGCUUUACGAACAUUAUUCGCUCACACAAAUUGUUAUGAAAGUGCAGACAGUGAAAUAGAUUCUCUAUCUGAUGAUGAAUUAAUUUCUAGAACAGAAAGAUUGACAUGUGAUAAUAAUAAUAAAAUACAAAAUAAUUCAAUAUUAUUAGAUAAACUUUUAAAUAAAGCAAAUGGCAAACUUCCAUUUGAUCUAUUAAAUAGAGUUCAUAGCAAUGUAUUCUCAAAUGGUAAACAAAAGUCUCAUCAUAGACAACGAAAUCGUAAAGACGGAAAUAAAAAGAAAUCAAAAUCAAAUAAAAAUGAAAAGAAAUCUCGAUUAAAGGAACUUCAAAAGAAAAAGAAAAAGAAGAAAAGAAAGUUAAGAAGAGAAAAGGAGCUUGAAGAUUCUAGCAAGAAAUCUGAAAAUAAUUGUCAAGUGAUACAAAAGAUCAAAAAGAAAAAGAAAAAGUUUCAUAAAAAAGUCAGAGAAAAAUCUGAUAAAACUAACUCUAUACAGGCAUCAGCAGAGACACAAAUGGGCUCUGUUGAUUUAGCUACUAUGGUAAGAAACAAUACUGGUAUACUAGUUUCAAAAUUCCAUGCUGAUUUUGCAAUGAGCUCAAAGUUCUGUGAAAACUCCUCUAUGUUAACAUCUUGUUUACCUCCAUCUAUUAAUCCAAUUAUGGUUCUUUCUGAUCUACUUACACAGAGGCAAGCUAGCAUGAAAAAAUUACAUAAAACUUCUAAUCAAAAUAAAAAGAUUAAAAAGAAUAAAUCAAAAAUUAAACUUAAAAAUAAGCUUAAGAAACUAAAGGCACUAAAGGCUUUUAAGAAAAAACAUAAGAAAGAUAAUAAAAAAUUCCAAAAAUCUGAAGAUAUAACUAAAAACUGUAUAACUUCUUAUAGUAUGAUUACUUCUGGAACUGAAUUAUUGCAGAAUACUAAUAAAAGUGUAUUAUUAUCAUCAAAGAGUUUAACUCAAUCAAAUGAAUGUUCUCUUCCAAAUACAUCAUUAGAAGAAAAUCUAUCUAUAAUUGAAAGUUCGAAGAAUGAAAAUAUUCCAGCAACAAAUUCAAUAUGUAAUACUACAUCAUCAUAUCAGACUUGCACAGCUCCUGCUAUAUAUCAUCAAACUAUGCCUGUUUUAAUGCCACCAUCAAUGCCACAUAAACCAUCUUUUAAUGCAAAUGAUACUCCACCUUCACUCAGAAAAGAAACAACUUCAAAUGAUGCAAAUAACUUUUAUGUAUCAAAUGCAGUAGUAAAAAAUAUUGCUCAUUUAAAUACUAUAGGUGAUCAUACAAAAAUUUUAGCUCCAAUAAGAGAACCAAUAAACAAUACUUAUACUAUUGGAGAAACUGUUUCAACUUGUAUGCUUGUUGAAAAAAGACAUACAGUUGUAUCUAGAUUGAAUAUGUCAGGUGUGAAUAAACAAAUUGUAUCAACAAAUAAUCCCACAGUUAAUUUUACUGAUGAAAUUUCUCAAACUAAUUUAAAUCAAAUGACAACAUGUAUAGAAAACAAACCAGUAAAUCAACAAACAGUUAUAACUGGUACUGUUCCUAAUCCAUCAGUUGUUAUUUCUCCUCCUCAAACAGUGCAGAACACAAUACCUAUAGUAACCAACAGAACUGAAACAUUUCAGAAUCAUUCUGAUAAUAUUCCUCAAAAUGUGCCAACUGUAGCUACUCUUACAAUUCCAAUUGCUCCUCCACCACAGAAUGGGGCAGGCAAUCGUUUAUUGGCAGGAAGACUUGUUAUUCCAGUAAGUUUGAACUGUACUGGUGUGAAGAAUGUUUUCCCUACUAGUGCCUUAGUUCAAAACCAACCUUCUGUAGUCAACUGUAAUCAGCAACCUGUAACUAUUCCAGGUGUUAUUAUUGUACGAAAUAAUAAUUCAAAUAAUAAGGACAUUAAUGUAGGUAAAAAUGAUGCUGGGAAAAUAAUUUUGCCUUCCAUUCCCCCUCCUAAAACAAAAAAACCAAGUCAGUCAGGAAGAAAUAAAAAUUUCACACAAAAAAAUCGACGUGAUUCUAAUAUAAUUAAUAAUUCUCUUAAACAAAUUCAUCCUACAGAAAUCAAUAGUUUACCUUCUCCGUUACCAACCCUUCAAUCAAAUGUGAUCAAAAAUAAUACAAAUAUUUCAGUUGUAUGUUCAUCUGUGAAUUCUUCAUGUCACUCAACAAACAUACAAUCAAACAUUCAGAAUAUGCUCAAAGAUAAACCUUAUCAUAAAAAUUCUAAUGUAAUACCUGUUGCCACAACCACCACCAUUUCUACGACCAUAACUCCAACUCCAGCUGUUGCAAAUAAUUCAAAAUAUUUAGAACUGACAAAAUCUAAUUGUGUAUCUUCAACAAAAUCAUUUUAUCCAGCCAUUGAUCUAUCAUAUUCUCGUACUCUCACUGUUUCAUCUACUGAAAUUCCAUGCCAUCAAAUUUCAACUCAGAAACCACAGGUUACUUGGAACACUGUUAAUACAUGUGAAACAAUUAAUACAUGUGGAACAGAUAUAUCAGUGUUGAAAACUAUGCAAAAAGAAAGUGCCAAUACAGUGAACUGUAAUUUGACAGCUGUGACAAGUUGCAGUGGUACUACUGUUAGUGACUCUAACAUGAUUACUUCAAUUACAAACACUACUGUUCAGCAAUUUGACAAUACUCCUGAACUUCUGAAUACUGAGAAUAAAUGUUCAUCUUCAGUGCAUCAUUCACAAGAAAGAACAUUACAACCAAUAAUAACUUCUGGAAGAUCUGAAGUUAUUUCAGAUGGAAAUAUAGAGAAUAAUCUUCUGUUAAUGGAACAACCAAAUCGUUCUCUGUCUUCCAUUAGUGAUGCAGUCAGAGUGAGUCUUAUGGUGAUGGAUGAUGAAACUGCAGGUGCAGAGAGUCAGGGCAUGCAGGCAUAUCCUUACGAUACUCCAGACAAUAUGGGCUAUACAAAUCAACAAGAUAAUACAACAGCAGCUUCCUUGUGUGACAGCUUCAAUGUAACUGAGAAUUUAGAAAUGCAGCAAAAUGCUCUUAUAAUGAACGGAAAUCAAACUUCACAGUUAUAUCAAUCAGUUACGUCAUGUCAAAUGUUGGACAGCUAUAAUUCGACAAAUUCAUCAGUUCAACAAAUUCAGUCAAAUAAUUCAACAACGUGGACGAAUUCGAUUAAUACCCGCGAAGAAACAGAAAAAGAUGACCAUCGAAAGCAAACGUGUCGAAAAAGUCUUUCAAACGACGAUACAACAGAAGAAGUUAAGAAGCAGAAAAGAGAGACUCCAAAAAGAACAAAGGAUAAUAGUCAAAAUCAGAGUUCUUCAUCAUCAUCUUCAAAUCGAUUUUGGUGUGAUCUGUGUCGACGUGGUUUCUUUUCAGCUUAUAACUUGAGAAGACAUUGUAAAAAUGUUCACAAAAUGGAAUUAUCUCCAGUUAGACCUAUUACAGAAACACAGAAUUUAUAUCAGAAACAGGAAAAAUUACCGGAACAGCAAUGCCAUGAGCUUCCAAAUUCAAAUUAUGAAAUGUCUCGAUCUCCUUUGGGAGCACAACCGUUUCCAUUGUGUGGCCGUCCACAGACUCAAGAAGAAAUUUCUUCAAAGCAAAAUCAAUCUGUCACUUCAAAUAUGCAUCACACUAUAACUGAAUUAUCGUGUGUUAAACAAAAUCCUCAAAAAAAUAUUCCAGAUGAACACCCAACGGAGAAACAUCGCUUUGAACCAAAUAAUCAUCAUGAUCAGUUACCAUCCACCACAUCUUAUCCUACACAAUCUCUCAUUCCUUCUGCUAGACAGUUUUCAUCUACAACAAAACACCAUUCUGCACAGUUUUCUCAUCCACAGUCAGAGUUUACAUUUCAGUCCAAUUCGAAUCAGUUGUGUACACAGUUGCCUCCAAAACAUUCGUCAAUAACUUCUUUUAUUCAAAAUCCGCCUAACCUUUGUUCGGCUAACAACCAUUCUGCUCCUCUUUCAACUGGAACGAGUGAUAGUUUAGAGGACUUGGAACAGUUUUUAAUGGAAAAUUUAUCAUGGAGUAGUGACCAAGGUACGACUCAAAACUUACAACAAUCAACUGAACGGCCCGCCAGUGCAGAUUCCUUGUCUUUACCCGUUCACGUCAGUUCAUCAAUUAAACCUGUAGCAAACAAAUCGGGUAUGUACCACUACAACACUAAAAGUGAUUAUAUUGUUGGAAGAAAUCAGAAAGAUACAGCAGUUCAGUGCAAUAACAAUGUAGAUAAAAACACUCAAUAUAACGAAGGAAUGUGUUAUGCAUCAAAGUGUUCUUCUUCCACCAAAGAAACUGUUUUGGAAAACAAAUUAGCUAGUGAUCUAGUAACAAGUAACGAAGCCAAGAUGAAGUUCUGUCCUAAAAACGAUGUUAAGAUGACAGUUGCAACAGAAAAGAAUGUAGCAAAAUCACACAGAGUGAAACUAAAAUCGGAUACUAACGUGGCUUCCGAUAAAAACGAUUUUGAAAAGAUUUUAUCAUUAGAAAAGCUUACAGUUUGUGAUAAUGUAGAAUCAAAAACAAUCAAAGAUUGCUCUAUCCAAAACAAAAAGGAUAAUUUGUCAAACAGAGAUGGGCAGGAGAAAGUAGUUAAUGAAAAUUGUUUGCAAGACACUUUUAAGGACAAGAAAUCAGACUGUGCAAAAGUGGAUGGCGCUGAAAAGAACGUGAUCAUCAACGACAGGCAUGAAACAGCUGAUAAAAUGCUGGCACUGUCCGAGUUAUACGAAAAAACUGAACAACUGAAGAUAAAUUCUGAACCAGUGAAUAAGAAUUUUAAAGAACUAGAAAUGUCCAGGAACGGUUCACCUUCCGCACUGUCCGACAUAAGCCACAUGCUGAAUGAAUGCAGAAUAGAGAAAUCUCCAAAGCUGGACGAUGUUUGCAAGUUAAAAGGGGGGGUGUCAUUAGACAAAAUAGGUUUAUCACUGGGCAUUAACCACGAUGGAGACGGUUGUAAAUCUUCCCAAGCGGAUAUUCAUGAGUCGUUCGACGAGGAUGCAUUGAAACAAGCAUUGAUCAAUCAGGACAGUGUUCUGUCAAGGUCGGACAAUAUGUACCAUUGUAAAUGGGAAAAGGAACACUAUGAAAGAGAAACGAAUCUUACUCGUGGCAGAACUCGAUCAAGAGACACUGGAAAAAUGCUGAAGAGAGUAUGUUCGUGUUGUGAAUCUUCAAAUCCUCUAUUUAAAAAAUGUCGCAAGAGCAGUAGUGGUGGCAUUGGGAGUAAUAACGCUUCCAUUCCCAAAGUGACUAGAAGCAAUGCGAGAAAAAAACAGGCCAACAACACCACAAAAGCCACCAUUAAUACUCGAUCUUCUCGGAGGCCGCGUACACGUUCGACUACCGUUUCCUAGCAGCUUGUGUAAAUUAUAAAACUUUAUUUAGCCCAAGGCUAAGUGUGUAUAUAUAUUACUUCCGGAUCAUUUACGUGCAAAUAAUGUAGACUUUGAAUUGACAUGUCCAAUGUUUUUUCUAUGUUUGUACAAUUCACCUGCCAAAGAAUACUUUAUAAAUUACCUGUUAUCUUGUAAAAGUUCAUACUGUUUAUAGUAUUGAUAUUUGGUAUUAUUUACUAGUUCAUUGUUGCAGUGCGUUGUGUAUCUGUAUUUAUAUUAUUAAUGUAUAGUCCUUUAAAAAAAUUGAGAAAAAAUUGUAUAUACAGGAAUAACGCAAAGUUGCAAUACAAAAUUGACUAGUCUUUUUAAAGAACAAAUGUAAUUAAAAUUCCAUUAAAAAAAAUAAUAAUUACAAGAUAAACGUUGGGUUUUCAUUUUGAAACAGAAUAUCAUCCAAUUGUGUAUAUAUGGAUAAUAAAAAACCAAAAUUACAAAUGUUCUAAUAAUUUAUGUGUUCAUUACAAUUUGAUAAACUUGGAUUUAUGAUUGAACAUUUCGUGCAAGUGAACAUACUUUAAAACAUCUCAAUGCAUAAAUUAAUUCCAUUUGUGCUUUAGAACCACUGCCACAGAAAUAAAAACAAUCAUUUUUAAUAUUGUUUCUAGUCAUCAUAUUAUUUGAAUUGGCCCACAGAUGUCUGAGCUGCUCCAAACAAAUCGUAUUUAAUUUGAAUAGAUUUAUCAGUUAAGAAUUUUUAAUAUUUAUAUAUACACACAUGUUUAAGUCAAAUUGAGGUGCUUUUCUAUAUGUUUACGUCAAGAAAUGUUAUUUAUUGUUAAAAUUGUUUCAUUAAAAUUUAAAGUUUAUA